AGAGCGCGCGAGAGACUGAUGGAGUAACAGCAGAGCAUCUUUUAUCGCUUCUUAUCCUGGGAUCACCAAAUUCAUUCCUGGAUAUUGCACUUCCGGUUGUGGAUCCUGCUAUGGGUUUUUAAUGUGUGUUAGUGUGUGGCGCGCGCGCUGUCCGGCAGGCCGUUAGAGAGAGAUGUAGGGUCGAGACUCACGCGCGCGUUGUCUCGAGCCGGCAUUAAAGCUGCAACAUGUCGACCCGGAUGCCGUUACCGACCGUGAACGAGCGGGAGACUGAGAAUCACACAUCCCUGGAUGGUUUCUCUUCCAAGCUGGUGAGCCGCCAGAACCUGCCCCGCUGCAGGAACUCGCUCAGCUCCAGCGUUGAUGAUCAGCUACCGCAUGUCGGCAACUACCGCCUACUCAAGACCAUCGGCAAGGGGAACUUCGCCAAGGUCAAACUGGCACGACAUGUGCUCACUGGACGAGAGGUGGCCGUCAAAAUAAUAGACAAAACCCAGCUGAACCCCACAAGUCUACAAAAGCUAUUUAGAGAAGUCCGAAUAAUGAAGAUCUUGAAUCAUCCAAAUAUAGUGAAGUUAUUUGAAGUAAUCGAGACUGAGAAGACACUCUAUUUAAUAAUGGAAUAUGCGAGUGGAGGUGAGGUGUUCGACUACUUGGUCGCUCAUGGCAGGAUGAAAGAGAAGGAAGCCAGGGCGAAGUUUCGGCAGAUUGUAUCUGCAGUGCAGUACUGCCAUCAAAAGAGAAUAGUACAUAGAGAUCUUAAGGCUGAAAACUUAUUGCUGGACGCUGACAUGAAUAUUAAGAUCGCCGAUUUCGGCUUCAGCAACGAGUUCACGGUGGGAAAUAAGUUGGACACAUUCUGCGGCAGUCCUCCCUACGCCGCCCCCGAGCUCUUCCAGGGCAAAAAAUACGACGGGCCCGAAGUCGACGUCUGGAGUCUCGGCGUCAUCCUGUAUACACUCGUCAGUGGAUCGCUACCUUUCGACGGACAAAAUCUAAAGGAGCUGAGAGAGCGAGUGCUGAGAGGAAAGUAUCGCAUCCCCUUCUACAUGUCCACAGACUGUGAGAACUUGCUUAAAAGGUUAUUAGUGCUGAACCCUCUCAAACGAGGCAGUUUAGAGCAAAUCAUGAAGGAUAAGUGGAUGAACGUGGGCCACGACGACGAGGAGCUACAGCCUUAUACCGAACCCGAGCCUGACUUCAAUGACAGUAAACGGAUCGAGCUAAUGGUGACGAUGGGAUUUCCAAAGGACGAAAUCACAGAGGCUCUCAAGGGACAGAAAUACGAUGACAUCAUGGCUACUUAUCUGUUAUUGGGAAGAAAACCUUCAGAGGUUGAAGGCAUCGAGCCUGUGUCCAUCAGCAACCUGUGUCCUAGACCCCGCCCUACCAGUGACAUCAAUACCAGCACUAGCCAAUCCCCCUCACACACCAAGGUCCAGCGCAGUAUAUCGGCUAAUCAGAAGCAGCAGCGGCGGUUCAGUGAUCACGUGGGUCCCUCGGUCCCGCCUGUAGUGUCGUACACCAAACGCACCAGUGUCGAGAGCGAACAGAAGGAGGAGUGUGAGAACUCACGCAAGUUGCUGAGCGCCAACUCAAAGUCUGACGUACCAGCGUCUCCUCUGGCCCCCGUGGAGAGGAAAAAAUCUGUUACUUCAACCGGAACUAAUGGAGGCAUGGCACGCAGAAACACAUACGUGUGUGAGCGCUCAGCUGACCGUUCCUCCAUCCCCAAUGGCAAAGACAGCAGUUUAACAGAGGUCUCAGGCAGCACUACAUCCGCCUCUGGUGCCACCUCAGCUCUUAUGCCUACAAGACAGAGAUAUUUGAAAUCUGUGUCUUCCACAGGCGCCUCCUCCAAAACCACCCUGCCUCCUAUAGAAGACAACAGCGAAUAUAAGGGAAGUCCAAGCGCCAGGCCUCCAUCCACCUCGCCCUCGGAUCACAGCAUCAGCACUCCCGAGCGCACUCAUUUUCCUAGAGGGACGUCCAGUCGGAGCACCUUUCAUGGAGCUCAGCUGCACGAGCGCCGCAGCGCCACCUACAACGGCCCACCUGUCUCGCCCAACCUCUGCCACGACACAGACGCCCUGGCACCAGCACGCCGCGGCACGUCCACUGGCAUCAUCGGCAAAAUUACCUCCAAGUUUGCUCGCAGGGUUCCAAGUGAAGGGGAGGCAAGUGGCAAGUCAGAAUCACCAAGGAGCACUUUGGGAGAGUCGAAAGACGAGACGCGCGACUCGAAGCCGCGCUCACUGCGCUUCACGUGGAGCAUGAAGACGACAUCUUCCAUGGAGCCGGGCGACAUGAUGCGCGAGAUCCGCAAAGUGCUGGACGACAACGGAUGUGACUACGAGCAGCGCGAGCGUUUCCUGCUUUUCUGCGUGCACGGCGAUGCCCGCCAUGACAGCCUGGUCCAGUGGGAGAUGGAGGUUUGCAAGCUCCCACGUCUCUCGCUUAACGGUGUGCGCUUUAAGCGCAUUUCAGGCACGUCCAUCGCCUUCAAGAACAUCGCCUGCAAAAUUGCGGACGAGCUGAAGCUCUGACAGGGACACGGACAGAAAGCAAUGUGGCUCAAUGUGGACUUGCCGCGGUAAGUUCGGUUCACGUUUGGCUCGAGCCGAGGUGCUGCCUUAACAGAAUGUGCGGUGCUCAUCCUGUAAGUUUUACUUUUCCAUUAACUAGAUCAUGCUUAUGUCUGAUCAAGUCCCCGGUUAUUGACUUAAUUUUGAUGCCGAUGGAAUUGUAUGUGUGCUGGUCUGGGAAAACUUGUGGCUAGAUUCUGUUAAACAGCCAAAAAAAAGAAAAGAAAAUGGGAUUCUUGUGCUUGCAUAUUUUUAGUCUGCAACUAAAGAAACUGUAAAUACAGCAUAGUUCAUCGAACCGUAUGCCUAAACGUUUACGAAACCUAGCUAGCUAAGUAUGAUUUCCUCACACGCUGAAUGUCAGGCCUUGACCGAGUUGCUGGGAAGCUGUGCGUCGUAGCAAACCAACAUGGUUUUAGUUAGAUACAGGAUGUCAAAAUGUCUGUGAUGCUCCCACACUACAAAAUCUUUUAACCACUUUUAGAGAAACAACAUUUUUACAAAGCUCUUGCUUGUGAUUGUGAUGAAUGCAACAACAAAAAAAAAAAACAAGCAAAAAAAAAAAAAAAACAACAUAUUUAAGUUCAGGAAAACUAAUUUGAGAAAUAUAUCUAGUAAAAAUGUUCAAGUCAAAAGUUUUUCCAGGCCGCCACAAAUAUACCGUGCCUUGCAUAAGUAUUCACCCCCUAAACACUUUUCACUUUUUUGUUUUCUUCGUGUUAGAAAAAAAAAAGCCUUGUACUCCCCGACUUACGAACAUUCGAGAAUUAAAAACUAACGCAGAUACAAACGUUUUCUUGCUGCGGAGAAAGAGAAUUAUAUAUGCCGUCACAACUUUUACAUCGUUAUUUGUAACUAAUAUUGCAAACUACAGUAGGGCUGAGCAGUUAAUCAAAUAUUAAUCAUGUUUAAGAACCUCUAAUCAAUAUGAUCUGGCCGAUGUUAAAAAAUAAAAUAAAAAAUAUUUUAUUUUUAAUUCUGUUAAUAAUUUCUCCACUGUGUGUCUUCAUUAACUGUCCUUGUAAACACAUACUACCUAUCGUGUGUGUAGUUCCAUGACUUUGCCCUGUUUCAUUAGGGGAAAAAAAUCACAGCUUUAAAAGUUUUUAAAGCUGUGAUUCAUUAAUCAUGAUCGAGGUAAAAUGUUCCAAUUUAUCGCGAUAUUGCUUUGACAGAAGGUGGUGCACACUCUAUGCAAGGCACUGUAUUGUGUGAGUGUUACACUUUUGUCAAUAAUAUUCAGGGGUUUGAUGUACAUCCUGUGCAACAGCCACCUUUAAAGAUGUGGGAAAAAAACAAACAAUACAGCCAACAUAUAUAUAUAUAUAUAUAAACAUAUACAAGGUAACAUUUUGUAUCCUUCUUCUUAAUAGCAUAACCAAAAAAUGCGAACAUUGCUCAAGAUUAAUGAAAGCUACAGUAAUAGUCACCAGUUAGUAUUAUGCAAGGUCCUCCUUGUAGCUACUAGAUUUCAUCUUCACUUCGCAGCUACAUUUCCCAACUUACAUCCACUCGUACUAAAUGAAUAAUCUGCUAAAUGUUUAAUAGCCAUCCGAACGGAUUUUUGUUUUGUUUUGUUGAACGAGCUACCACGGAAUUUCGAAAUGUACAGUUUAGUACAUAGAGAGAGACACGGCUAUUUAUCAAAGAUUGUAUAAUAUAAAAUAUGCAUAUACGUCGUCCUGCAGGUGUGUGGUAUGAAUGUUUUGAUCGCUGUACAGGAUAACGUUUGGGUACAUUUUUACUGUUUUUUGGUUAUUCCUUGAUUUUUUUUUUUUUAUUAUUACAUUAAGUCAAGAAAAAUAUUUUAAUCUUUCCAAGAAGCCAUGGAAGAGUUGAAAGCUGAUGAUGCCACUCACACACGAAAGAAAGAAAGAAAGAAAGAAAUGUGGGACUUCAUAACAAAGAUUUGUUGCACUAAGUAUUACAUUGAGUGGUACGUACAGUACAGUACAGUAACCCUCUACUUGCACAACCUGCUGACGCUGGAGAAAUAUCAAGAAACUGGAGAAAAAAAAAAUAUUUGAAACACAUUGUGACAGUACAGUCUGUUUAAUUUCGCUGAGUUGUGCUACAUAUACUGUACUUCAGCCUUUCUUGUAUUUAUUACGAUACACUAUGCCUGCUAUGUGCUGCUUUGUAUUAGAGAGGCAUUUAGUGUUUGAUAAACGAAUAAUAAGAAAGGAACUCUAUUUGUUUUUAUUUUGUUUUAUGGCUAUGCAUCGCCACAUGCAAUAUAACAGGUUAUGUUGGAUAUUCAGGUUUUGUUACGGAUUGAAAAAGAAAAAAAUCUAUCUAUAUAUAUAUAUGUGUGUGUGUGACAAUAAAUAGAAAACAAAAAUCAAGUUUAAAUUUGAAUAAAUCUAUAGGGAUGAUUAUAAAUAUGCUUGAUCGAUGUAUUAAACCAUGCAUUUAAUUCAUCAUACAGUAUAUGGAACUGUAACCAGAAGAGUACAGAAUGUAGGUUUCAAAUAGUCAAAAACACACAAACACACACACACGAAAAAAGAUUUCUGUGUCCUUGCAGUAAAGCACGUGCUGGUUU